AUGACGAUCACGAAGGCGGACAUGUCGGCAUCCGCCAGGAUAUACCAGAAUCCGGCCAUGCCUCGUGAGCUAUGGUUCAACUUCGGUUGGUACAUCCAGAAAAUGCAACGCUUUCCCUCCUAUGAGCAGUGGAUGGGGGAUUUCAUCAGCAAGAACGACUAUGACAAGAUUGUGAGGGGGGUGCAGGACCAGCUGAAGGACUCCAGCAUCGCCGAAACGGCGGAGGAGUUGUGCGGGAAGGCGGUGUGCUGCAGCGCGGCUUCAUUGUGCCUCUGCUGCCCCUUCUGCAGCUGCUUGGUGUGUCUACAAAGAACUGGAAUCUUCAGUCUGAAAACAAAGUCCACUGCUUUCUUGGCUUCUUCUGGUGUCGAGCUUGACAUGCGCAUAGAGUUCGUGGAGUAUAAGUCUGGGCAGGUGGGACCGCCGUGGUGUGACUCCGCGUCGAAAAACCUCACGCUUGUGGCCCCAGAGGCUUUAAAACACCAGCACGGGGGCCCACCGCCUGGCUGUAGUUUGGUGAUCACUUUGCAAGAGGCAAUCCCAUGGCCGCCCCCGGUCACCUCGGCUCCGCCAAUGGAAGCCAUGGCAGGUGCCCUCACCGAUGCCGUCAAGGGGGCCGUGAAGUGGGCGCAGUCUGACGAAGUCCAGGAUGCCGUCCAGGGCGCCGUUGACGGGGCCAAGGGUGCUGCCAAAGCGGCUGUGGACUGGGCGCAAUCCGACGAAGUCCAGGAUGCCGUCAAAGGUGCCGUUGACAAGACCAAGGAAGCUGCCAAAGCGGCCGUGGACUGGGCGCAAUCCGACGAAGUCCAGGAUGCCGUAAAGGGCGCCGUUGACGGGGCCAAGGGUGCUGCAAAGGCGGCCGUGGAAUGGGCGCAAUCCGACGAAGUUCAGGAUGCCGUGAAGGGUGCCGUUGACGGGGCCAAGGAAGCUGCUCGUGACGCUGCAGAAUGGGUGCAGCAGGUCAAGCCAAAACAGCAGGCGAUGGAUGGGUGUGCAGUCUUUGGCUGCUGCAAUGGUCCCGACAAGACGGCCCAAGUGGACGUUGUGCCGGUCCUUGACAACAGCAAUGUGGUUGCAACGAUGUAG